AUGCCCAUCCCUGACUUCCGCGUCUCUCAUCCAGACAAACUUGGAUAUCCAGACUACGACCACUGCGACCAGAUGAUCUUUGGCCCUCUCGACAUCGACGUCUCCCACUCGUCCCUCCACGCUCCAUGGGACUCCUCUCGCGACUACGCAUUCGCCCAGCCCGUGUCCCCAAUCUUAUCUGACCAGGCAAUGUCCCCGCGCCGCCCCUCUGACUUUGACGUCCCAGACACGUCCCCUGCAAGUCCCCUCUACGACAACCCGUCGUUUGCAACCGUCGACGACCUCAAUCCUCUCCUCGAUAUCGAGGACAACAACAACUUAUCUCAGUGGCUCAACGACUCCUAUGCAUUCGAUCCGUCCUCUUCCUCUCCCAUCCCAAUACGGUCUAGCCACUCCGCCCCGCAGUCCAAUCCCACCCUCUGCAUGUCCUACUUGACGCAGAGUUCCUCUUUCUCUCCAUCGGACAUCGCAGCCUUACAUUCCUUCCCUCGGUCUCUAUCUCCGACAGAUGGCUCCGACGGUUAUCUAAGUUCCCCAUCUCUCCCCCUCGCUUCAAUAUCACCUGCCGACACGUCCAUGAGACCACCGUCGUGGGCAUCUCAGCUAUGGGAUCCAUCUCUCUAUCCCCCGUCCAACCCCUCCUCAGGACGGUCUUCGGCUCCACAUCCCCCCCUAUCUGAGAUCCCUUACACAGCCAAGAAGCAACGUUUCCAACCGAGAAGGGAAACGAAUCCCUCCAGUCUCAUGCUCCAGCCGUCUAGUGCUCCAUCUCCUUUGCAGUCAAACAUGCCAACUUUGACUCGCGGCUACAGCCGCCGUGCGGAGUCCGUUAGUGUCACCGAUGAUCCUGAUGCGACCAUUCGCCGCAAGAAGAAGUCCCCGCCCGUUCAGGAUGAGCAUUCCAAGGACAUGAAAUCGGCGGAAAUUCCUCCUGUGAAGUCACUCCUAAAGCUGCCAAAGUUGGCCCCUUCGGCAUGGCAACUCUAUUUCACAGACUGGAUCCAACGCCACCAGGCAACGAGCACUAGGAAACUGAACGUCGCUCAAGCUGCCAAAGAAGCAGGUCAAGAGUACGCUAACCUGACACCAGAGCAAAAAGAACCUUACAAACAGCGAUCCAUUCUUCUCAAGCAUGCACGGGAACGCGAGAACGAGUCUUAUCUGCGAUCGCUCUCCCCCGAGGAAAUCAAACGCGAGAAUGCUUUCCGCACUGCCCAACGCAAGGCGGGUCGGUCUCGAAAGAGCAAUUUGAAGGAUCUAAAUGCGCCGAAGAAGCCUCUGAGUGCUUACUUCAUGUUCUUGCAACACAUACGGUCCGAUCCUGUUCUGGUCAGGGACAUUUUCGGCGACGAACAAGAGACCACGAAGCAGAGCGUCCUUGCAGCCGCAAGGUGGCGAUCGAUGACAGAUGACGAGCGUAAGCCGUUCCUGGCGCAAGCUGAACAAGAGAAACUAGAAUACGAGACUGCCCGACGAUUGUACUGA